AUGGACGCCCUCCGAACCGCCAUACAACCCAUCACGCACAACCUCCCCACCCCCAUCCGCGACCUCGGCGUCUCCAUCAUCGGCGACAAGUGCUACAAAGCCCUCCUCCUGGACGUGGACCUCGAAAACACGGAAUGCCUCAAGCUCGCCGUCUCCAAGGGCCUGGGCAUCGGCAUCAUCGCCGCCUCCUCCAUCGUCAAGGUCCCCCAGAUUCUCAAGCUCGUCAACUCCAAGUCCGCGUCGGGCGUCUCCUUCCUGUCGUACCUCCUCGAGACGAGCGCAUACCUCAUCACCCUGGCGUACAAUGUGCGCAACGGCUUCCCCUUUAGCACGUUUGGCGAGACGGCGCUCAUCCUGGGCCAAAACGUCAUCAUCUCCGUGCUGGUGCUCAACUAUAGCGGGAGGGCGAGCAUGGCUGCCGUCUUGGUGGCCGCGCUGGCGGGGAGUGCCGCCGCCUUGUUUGCGGAGAAUGUGCUGGACAUGAAGGCCCUGAGCUACCUGCAGGCCGGUGCUGGUGUCUUGGGCGUGGCGAGCAAGGUUCCGCAGAUUGUGGCCAUUUUGCAGGAGGGAGGCACCGGGCAGCUGAGUGCUUUUGCUGUCUUCAACUACCUCGCCGGUUCUCUUUCUCGCAUCUUCACUACCCUUCAGGAGGUGGACGACAAGCUUAUUCUGUAUGGAUUCAUCUCGGGCUUUGCGUUGAACUUGGUUCUUGCCCUGCAGAUGAUUUACUACUGGAAUGCGCCCUCACAAAAAGCCAAGGGCAAGCGAAAGGCUGUGCCGAUUGAGGCCAAGGCUACUUCUAUAGCGACGCCCAAGAAGGGACCCACGACUCGCCGUCGGGGUUAG